AUGAUGCUAGCCGUUCACCCUUUUGAUCCCCUCAGCCCUGAGGAAAUCUCCAAGGCUGCUGACAUUGUUCGACCUCACUUUGCGGGGCAAGAGAUCAACUUCCGCGUCAUUACCCUACGCGAGCCCCCCAAGGCUGAAAUGAUACCCUUCCUGGAUCAAGAACAUCAUGGCCAUUCUCCAGGUCAGCCUCCUACACGAUGUGCCCGUGUCGAAGUGGUGUUGGAAAACAAGAGCGGAAACCACCAGCUCUUCGAGUUGGUCGUUGACCUCGACAACAACCGCGUCAGUGCGAAGCAGCAUCAUCCCGGGAAGCAUUCCUAUAUCGACGCCGAGUAUAUGGGCAAGGUUGAGAAAGCUUGUCUGGCAAACGAGGAGGUCCAAAAAGAGAUUCGCAGUCUUCAACUUCCUGAGGGUGCUACCGUGGUGGUGGAGCCAUGGGCCUAUGCCACUGAUGGCAGGAACGACAUGACCCAGCGCAUUACCAUGUGCUGGUUCUAUCUCCGCCUCGUGGAAAACCCUGAUGCCAACUACUAUGCAUACCCUCUCGACUUGUGUGCUGAGGUCUCGGAGCAACUCAAGGUCACCAAAGUGUAUCGACUACCAAUUACUCCCAACGAACGAAUCCACAACGAGUCCCGUCCUUUUGAUCGAAGGAGAAUUCACCCUCAGUCUGCCAGCGAAUAUCACCCUGAUUUGCGACCCAGCCCCCGCACCACCACCAAGCCUUAUCAGGUGGUGCAGCCUGAUGGCCCCUCCUUUGAGAUCCGUGGAAAUCAACUUACUUGGGAGAAGUGGCAUCUCCGAGUUGGUUUCAACUACCGCGAAGGUUUAACGCUCCACGAUAUCCGCUACGAUGGACGUAGUCUUUUCUACCGGCUGUCUUUGGCCGAAAUGUUUGUCCCAUACGGUGACCCUAGGUCUCCUUACCCUCGCAAGGCCGCAUUUGAUCUCGGAAAUGACGGCGCUGGCCUCAAUGCCAACAACCUAAAGCUCGGAUGCGACUGUCUCGGUACCAUCAAGUACUUCGAUGGUUAUCACAACACAAGCGAGGGUACGCCUACCAAGUUGCCCAACGUCAUCUGCUGCCAUGAGCAGGAUGAUGGUAUUCUGUGGAAACACACCAACUUUAGAACUGGCAACGCCGUCGUCACGCGUUCCCGCAUCCUAGUGCUGCAAACCAUCAUCACAGUUAGCAACUACGAGUACAUCUUUGCUUUCCACUUCUGUCAGGAUACUUCCAUCUUCUACGAGGUUCGAGCGACUGGAAUUCUAUCCACCGCGCCCACAGACGUUGGGUUUAAGGAGAACACCCCUUAUGGCACAGUUGUUGCGCCAGGAGUGCUAGCCCCCUAUCAUCAGCACCUCUUCAGCUUGCGCAUAGACCCAGCCAUUGAUGGACACUCCAACUCACUUUCUAUUGAAGAGUCCAAGGCCUUGCCAUAUGGAGAUUCCCCUGUGCAUAACCCUUUUGGUGUCGGUUACGUGACAGAACAGAAGAUCGUUGAGCGAGAGGGUGGCUUCGAUCUCGACCAUACCAAGGCCCGAACCUUCAAGUUCAUCAAUGAGAACAAGGUCAACCCUAUCACAAACACUCCAGUCGGCUUCAAGCUUUUGCCAGCUUAUAGCCAGAUGCUGCUAUCUCACCCCGACUCAUUCCACGCCAAGCGUUCUGAGUUUGGCAAGCAUGCCGUCUGGAUCACUCGCUACGAAGACGACGACCAUUUCCCUUCUGGUAAACAUACGAUGCAGUCGCCGGGCGGCGAUGGGAUCGCCUCCAAGAUCCUCAAACGCAAUACGGAGGGGACGGCUCAUUCUGUGAGGAAUAGCGACAUUGUCAUCUGGCACACCUUUGGCUCGACUCACAACCCGCGUAUUGAAGACUGGCCGGUCAUGCCAAGCGAGAAGAUGAUGGUUGGGCUCAAGCCAGUCAAUUUCUUCUCAGGUAACCCUAGUAUAGACGUUGCCGUCUCAACACAGGAGAAGAACAAGAGUGUCCUGUACACCGGGGAUGAACAAACCCAAGGUGUCUGCUGUAGAUCCAAGAUUUAA